AUGGAAACCAAGAUCCUGGAGUUGCAGGACGUAGAUUCGGAGCUGCACAGCUCUGUCCUGUCCAACAUUCAGCUCCGAAGCGGCGCCUCCUUGGAUGUGAUUCGUGCUGCCAGGAGCAAGGUUAUCAUCCGGGGCUCUGCUGAUGCCGUAGCGUGCGCCAGCAGCUUGCUGGCCGUCGAGCUGGACCGCAGCUCUACUCAGAUGGCAACCGUCAGCAUUGUCAGCACUUCCUCAACAAAGUUGAAGCAGCCCUUCAGGAAAUGCGACCUGGCGACGUGUUGGGCCUGCAACUUGCGUGGAAGCCAUGGACACACAUGGCUGUGCUCACGGGGAAAGUAA